AUGCUUCAGUUGGAAUGUUUUCACGUGAAUCUCAAGCGUAUUGUAUCCUUUAUUCUUCUAUUAAUUGUAGGAUUUUCAAUUGUACGUCUUGCAAUUGAUAUGGACACGCAUACAAUGCUUGCUGCAAAGAUUCUGGAUUUGAAAACCUCUUCGCUUGAGACAAUUCAAGCCGAGAUUGACAUUCUGAAGCACCUUGAUGCUCAUCGAAACAUCGUGUCAUUGUAUGAUGUGCUGUAUUUAAAGGACGAUACGAUUAUGUUGACAGACUUAGUUGAAGGAGGUGAACUUUUUGACUAUAUUGUCGAUAUGGAUGCCGCUCAUCUACUUCACGAUGUGUGUCAAGCUCUUGACUACGUACAUUCUCGUGGUGUAUGCCAUCGCGAUCUAAAGCCGGAGAAUAUCUUGCUAUCGGACCGGUCUGCCAAUGCAAACGUCAAAAUAGCGGACUUCGGAAUAAGUCGAAGACAACGACAGGGAGAGCAGACAAUUGAAAAGUGUCCAAGCGGGACUGUCGCAUACUGGGCUCCUGAAAUUAUCAGGUUUCGACCUCAGGACUUUGGCGUCGACAUGUGGGCGUUUGGGGUGAUGGUAUGGACUGAAAAUUAUAUAUCCUUUCGAUGUGACAAGUCGGAUGCUGAAAUUGCAAACGAAAUUGCGAAAGGGAAAUACGACGUGGAGAACAAAUGGUACAAGAGGCUAUCAAUGGAGGCAAAGGAUUUUGUGACUCGGCUGUUUGACUCCGACCCGGCUAGUCGACUGACUGCUCAACAAGCGCUGGAACAUCCAUGGCUCUGCGGCAUUUCAACGUCUGAUGGGCCUUUGGACAGCGGCCAUUGUCAACGUCUACAAUCGUAUCAGCGUUUGCAGCAUCUUCGCGCCAAUAUCCUGGCUGUCAUCAUGGGCAUGCAGCAUGUGAAAUUGGGCUCAUCUUCCGGUGCCAAUAGUAAUCAAGUUGCGUCACGCCGGACAACAACAUUAAAUAUGGACAUGUUUAAGGAGACGUUCGCUCUCUUUGACAAAGACGAAUCUGGGUGCAUUGACCGCAAUGAGCUUAAAAACAUGCUCUUAGCGCUUGGACAGAAAUUGUCGAGGUUGCGGUAUUUCGAUGCACAUACAAUACUCUGA